CUUGCGUUUCCAGGUCUCCAAAAUAAAUUUUCCAAACUAUGGAUUAAGCAUUCUUUUUGAAUUCGUAUAUUAUAUCAGUGUACUACUACUAGUACUAGAUCCUUGGCCUUUUUCGAUUUUUUGCUCCAGCUGAAGAACAAAAUGAUGUUCCCUGCAACACACUUUAUCUUUUCUUUCUUUUUACAUUUAAUUGAUCCUGUAUGUGGUCUUCCCGUUUCGUCCACUUGGGUUAAUACGAGUAGCGGCGAGGCGGGUGUAAUCGCGGGUACAACUUCUUCGACGAAAGAAUUAGGUGGGGCGCCGACCACUCCUGGAGGAAAGGAAAAGAAGAGCCCUGAGGUGGAUCCUGGUAGUAAAACUGCUUCAGUCCUCAUCAAUGUCAAGAAUCCCGAAGAUGAAAAAGAAAAACUGCAACAACCUCAACCUGGAGGGCAAAUGCCACUUAUUGUCCGCCCGCCGACUGCUCCCGAGGACACGUCGCUUUGCCUGUCCCCCGACGUGGACUUCUGCGUACAACCCAAACCGCCGAACGGCCGGACGGACUACAGCUGGGACGGAUGGAAACGGGCAGACUUCGUCCGGGAGUCCUUACACUGGAAAGUGUCUGUCGAUGAGCAGCCAUCUUUCGUGUUCGAGACCCUUCCGCGCGGCGGGAAGGGGAAAAUUCAACGACCCCGGGACUGGCAACGGCCCUGGCCUUUGGACCGAAUCCCUACGGGGAAAGAUGACGAUGGGAUAGAUGCUUUGGUGAAACAGCAGACCAUGGCGUAUACGCAGAUCGUUUACAAGAACACGAUCAAGGUGAAACUCACGGCCAGGGAUGGUGGAAAGUCUGGGGUGGAUUUGAAAAAGUGGUUCAGCAGUUGCCACGUCAAACCGGUUUUCAACAACGAGGACAUUGUCGUCAACACGGAUAAAGCGCUUGACGAAAAUUCUAUCGAGCUUUUGAUCCCUUUCGACAAGGCCAACCCCAAGAUCCGGCAAAUCUCCAUCGAGUUCGACGAUAUUGAGUCACAAAUCGUUUUCCGAGCGGCCGAUGGCGCUAUUGUCGGCCGGGAGCCGAAACAUGUCUUGUUUCUUUUCGUCUCGCCGCCGCUGGAGCGGGAGAAAGACCCUUUUUCCGUCUACGAAGAGAACGAAAUUCUCGUGAUGCAACCCGGCCCGAUCAGUUUGGACAACUACAAAUCCGCUAAGAAAGUUCUCUAUUUCCCCCCGGGUGUCUACUGGAUGGACACAAACCGACAAGGGAAAACUGGAAAACGCGGCGAAAACCACAUGACGCUGACGGAAUCCCAAGCCUGGGUGCACUUCGCGCACUGGGCGUACGUGAAAUCUGCGGUUCACUGGCAAUACGCCGAGGAGAAUGGGACCUACGCGGCGACGGGCUACGGGGUAUUGACCGGGUCUGAUUACGUGUACCAGGCGAAUCCCGACAGAUCCUACGAGAGUGUGAAGUCGGACGCUGCGUCCCUGCGCAUGUGGAAAUCCUGGAACGGUUCACCCGGGCAGCAGACCUUUAUCCUCCACGGGGUGACCAUGACCGACCCGCCGUUUAAUUCCCACGACAUGUACAACGAGCCAAAGAUUUUCGCCACGGACUACAAGCAAGUCGGCGGCUGGUUCUUGCAGACCGACGGGCUCACGCUGUACCCGGGCAGUGUGUUCAAGGACAGUCUGGUGCACACGAACGACGACGGGCUGAAAACUUACCACUCGGACAUUCAGUACGAGCGUAUCAAAAUGAAAAAUCCCCCCACCCCAUACUCAAACUAGAAAUUUGUGAUGCAGAUUUGUGGUCACAAGUCAGCUUUGUCAUGCUAGAAGGGAAAAGAUGCGGACUGUAGUGCUGGUUGGCGUGGGAAAGCCUUGCGUCUUCAGCACGACAGAGGGCAGCUGGAAGUGGGAAACAGCAUGACAAAGUGCCUGCAAACGAGGCCACAGCUGCGUCUCUUGGCCUUCUAGCAUUACAAGUCGACUUGUGUACUCAAAUACAGCAUCACAAAGUUCGUUUGCGAUUUGGGGAGGGGGGAUUUUUCCUUUUGAUAGAGCGGAUCUCCGUGUGGAAAGGCCCGAACGACCCGGUGUUCCAGAUGGGCUGGGCGCCGCAAAACCUGCAGAACGUGUACGCGUAUCAAAUGUAAAAAUGUCUGGGUCUGCGUCUGGAAGAAUGCUACUUGUCAUGCUCUAUCUGAAGCAUGCAAAAAUCUGUGUUGCAUGAUUACCAAAACUCGGCCAGUUUUGACCAAGUCGGUCGGGAGUUUCUCAUGCAGGAUAGGCAUGAGAGAGAUCGCGCAGAAUCUGUCAUGCUAGGUGCUGCAUUCCAGACCUCAUGGGUCAUGGAAAAGCUGCAUGGCGAACCGCGCACCCUUCCAAACCCAGACAUUUUUGCAUUUGAUAACGCGAAAGACAUCACGAUUCUGCACACGAGGUUUAAGUCUUGGGAUAAAGAAGCGCUUCCCUCGGCGAUCAUCGGAGCAUCGUAUUCUUACAAUAGCGACUGGGCGUUCGCACCGGACAAGGAGAUCGGAAACUGGAAGCUGUCCGGCCUCUAUUGCGACGACCUUUGCCCAGCGUUAGUGCAUAUCUACACGCCCAUGCAGCACUACCGGGAGUUUGUGAUUGAAAACGUCAUCUACCGGAAGGGGCGCUACAGCUCCGGGGACUUGGGAAAAGACCGAGUCACGUCCUGGCGGGACUGGGAGAUUGAGCAUUCCGACAGCGAGAAGGGUGACAAAAUUACCGUUUGGAACAGCAAGACAGAUGUUAAGCAACUGGUGGACUUUCACUUCAGGAUCUCCAACGUUCGGGAAGAUGGAAAUAACCGGAUUCAAAUGGUUGGAGAUAAUACAGACGGGUUCGAGUGGUGGAUCGGGUACCCGGGAGAUUUACGACCGGCCGGGUAUCCGUUGUAAUUAUCUUCAUGUUCAUAGAAGUUGAUGUGAAGGAGAUAAGCAGCUCUGUUUUUCUUUAUUAUAAGUAGUAGUAGUUACAGUUUGUCUUUGUUCAGCAGCUGCAAAAGCAAGAGGAAAACAAAUAAAACUCACAGCUGCAAGCAUUACUUUUAGCUGUGCUCGAACAAGUCUGUCCUCGAAGAGGAUCGAUAAUUUACUCAAUCGAACUCCGGGCUUCAAAAGAUUCUUUUGGAAGCAAGAUGCAGGUGCAACAGCUUCCGAUAAUAAGUGAC